CUAAUCUAUUUUCUUAUUUGUUUAUUUUGAAAUGAAGCCGCGUGGAGGGAGCGUUGAGAUGUGUAAUGUUAUGUUGUGACAUGUCAUACUGAGUUAUGAAUCAAAUAUUGAAUGUUAAUCAUCAUUACGUACGAAAAGUGAAGUAUACCGGUAAAUAUUUAUGAGGUUUUGAGCUUCAAAAUUUCUAAGCAGUUCUAGGCUGAAGUUCGUGUGAUGCUUUAAAUAUUAAUAUUUUGGAGCUACUGUAACCUUCCUUUCAAGAGAUUAGAGAAGUGCAUGCAGAUAUCUAUUGAGUACCAUGAGUGUAAGAAGUCAUCAAGAUUAUGAAGAGCGUCAACAAAAUGAACUUCUUUGUAUAUCUUCCAUUUUCCCUGGUCAAGUCAAAGAAAUCAAAUCAUUACCUCUUGAAAUUGCAAUCACUGUUUUUCCAGCCGAAAGUACAACCAGCAAAAAAGAUGAUGAUGCCCAGGUGGAGUUGUAUCUGAAGUGUUCUGCUAAGUAUCCAGAUACAGCGCCAUUUAUUGAUCUCAGAAAUCCCAAAGGUUUGUCGAAGAAUAACCUUGAACUGCUCAAAUCUGAGUUAAUUGAAAAAGCCAGAAAACUUAUUGGAAAGGAAGUCGUGUGGGAAUUAGUCAAUCACACGCAAAAUUUCCUUUAUGAUCAUAAACAGUCUAACAGAGGAUCAUUUUAUGAUGAGAUGUUGUUUCAAAAGCUACAGAAAGAGAAAGAAGAAGCUGAUAAAGAAAAGAAAGAGGAACUUGAAAGGGAGCUUUAUGACAGACAGACGAUAUUAGCCAUCAAACAAGAAACAAUACGUAAGCGAGAAGCCCUUAAUGCCCUAAAAAAGACUAGGUUUGAUGACUCUCGUCUUCCCAGCCCCACAAGACUUACAGUCGAAUCUCCUGCAAAAAUUAACUCUACUGCACGUCGUAGAAGUCGAAGUGUAUCCGCUGGAAAAGAAUCUUGCUCUGAAAGUAUUCUUUUGAAAGACUGCAAGGACAUGGUUAAUGUUAAGUUAAGAUUUCUUGGCAAAGAAGAACAUAAUGUAGUGUGUGGUAGGUGCUUUAAACAUGGAGAAAGAGGUUGUAUCGUUUACGCAGGGUUAGAUAUUGAGACAGGAAAGCAAGUUGCUGUUGUCAAAUGGACACUCCAUUUCAAUGCUAGUCAUAAAUUGAAAGGCGAUGAGUGGGAAGCUCUACAAAAAGCUCAAGGAUAUUUUUUAAAGCAACUCCAGUCUAUUGAGCAAGAAUACAGAACAUUAAGACAGGUUAAUUCUAAUCACUUAGUGCAUUACUUAGGAAUGCAAUAUAAUUCCAGGAAAGAUAAAAUUAUUAUUUACAUCCUUCAAGAGUUUGUUUCUGGUAGUAGCAUACAACAAGUUUUUCAUAGUACUUCCAUUACAAUACCUCAGCUGCAGCAUUAUGCAAGACAAAUUCUUGAUGCUCUGCAAUGCUUGCAUAAAAAUAGCAUUGUGCAUAGAAGCUUACGGUUAUCCAAUAUUUUUAUAGAUAGUUGUGGAAUCGUGAAAUUAUCUGACUACAGUUUAGACAAGAGAUUGUAUGAUUUGUGGAGAAUGUUGUCAAAAGAAGAAGAGAUUGAUAAUUUCCCUCCUACAAUCGGCAAAGGUGGUCAAAAGAGUGAUAUUUAUCGUUUUGGUGUACUGCUCUUAACAUUAUUAAGUGGUCCCCUUCCAAAAGUAUCUCCUAUUGUAUUGCCAGAUAAUUUAAACCCAACAUUCAAGGACUUCUUAAAUAAAUGCUUUUUGCACGAUGAGCAAGAAAGGUGGUCGGCAGAGCAAUUACUAUCGCAUCCUUUCCUCUCCCAACAGACUGUUAUUUUGACUUUCACUAAAGAUAACAAGGUAGACGAAGAUGAAGCUGAAGAUGAUUAUCUAGAAAAUUCUUUAAAAGAUGAAGUCAAAGGUUCAAGGCUGACCACUGAGUUUGACAUUUUAAGGAGUCUAGGAAAAGGAGGCUUUGGCCACGUUUGGAAAGUGAAAAAUAAGUUGGAUUCCCGGCUGUAUGCCUUAAAAAGAAUUCCCAUAAAUCCCCACAAUAAACAGCUGAAUCGUAAAAUAAAGAGAGAGGUUAAAUUGCUAUCCAGAUUGAAUCAUGAAAAUAUUGUCAGGUAUUAUAAUUCUUGGAUUGAAGCCACUCCUGAUGUGCGUCGUCCUGUUCAGAAUGGUGCAGUGUCAGAGUCAGAUGAUUUUGAAGUUGUGAAUGAGGAAUCUUGUAAUCAAAAUAACUCAUCCAUUCGCUGGGACAUUCACGAUAAAUAUUUUUCUACUGAUGAGGAGGAUUGUGAUGACGAUGAUGACUUUGUUGUUUUUUUAAACGAGAAUGAACAUGAUGAUAAAAACCUUAAUUUGCACAUCGCAAGCGGUGAUGAGAGUUCUACACCAGAGGCAGGGUGCAUGGUGCAAAGUGAGAUGCAACCAAUUAAAGUAAAGCAGUAUAUGUAUAUUCAAAUGGAAUUUUGUGAAAAGAGUACAUUGCGAACAGCUAUCGACAAUGGUCUGCACAAAGAUUUGUCUCUUAUGUGGCGACUUUUUAGAGAAAUUGUUGAAGGCUUGCAUUACAUUCAUUUGCAGAGAGUAAUUCACAGGGAUUUGAAACCUGUGAACAUUUUCUUAGAUUCUAAUGAUCAUGUAAAAAUUGGGGAUUUUGGCCUAGCUACUGAUGUAAUUUCAAAACCACUUGCCCUAGAAACUGCCUUCAAUGAUUUUGAACAGGAGUCUCAAUCAGAUGCUUGUUAUGUGUCUCAAACUGGUAGAGUUGGUACUGCCUUUUAUGUAGCACCUGAACUUGCAUGUUCUGAGAAGGUGAUUUAUAAUCAAAAAGUUGAUAUUUACAGCUUGGGCAUUAUAUUCUUUGAAAUGUGUUUUCCACCGCCCGUAACCCUCAUGGAAAGAAACAUUAUCCUUUCGGAUUUAAGAAAACCAGACAUUAUUCUCCCAAAUAAAGCCUAUGAGUUAUUAUCAGAUGAAAUGAUUCGUAUUAUUGAAUGGCUUUUGCAGCAUGAUGUCACAAAAAGACCAAGUUCACAGGAAUUGAUAUCCUCCAAGUAUAUACCACCAUUGCUAAUGGAAGAAAGUGAAUUGAGUAACCUUUUAGAAAAUACCAUCUCUAAUCCUCAAAGCAGGAUGUACAAGCACAUGAUGAACUCUUUAUUCAAACAAAAGGUUUCAACCGAGAUAGAGUUUACUUAUGAUAUUGAUUGUCAACGAGGUCAAAGUUUGAGAAACAAGCCAGUGUUCACCAAAGUUGUUGAGGUAUUGUACAAAGUUAUGAGCUUGCAUGCCGCAGUUUAUGUAUCAGUUCCUACUUUGAUGCCAAAGAGUGAUAUCAUCCAUUGUGAAAAUUGUGUGCACUUAAUAGAGCAUGGAGGUGACGUCGUCAUGUUGCCUCGUGAUUUAAGAAUUCCAUUUGCACGGUUUAUCGCUCGUAGUGAUACACAACAUCUUAAACGGUACUCUCUGGAAAAAGUGUAUAGACAGCAGAAAGUGUACGGAUGUCAUCCUCACGAACAGUACGAGUUUGCGUUUGAUAUUGUAACACCAAACCCGCAAGCAUUCAUGCCUGAUAGUGAAAUCAUCGCUGCUGUUUCUGAAAUCAUCUCUGAGUUUUCUUCUCUAAGAGAAAGGAAAUACUAUAUUCGCCUUAACCACUCUUCACUGCUCUCAGCUAUUUUUGCAUAUGCCGAAGUCGACGACAUCGUAGCUUCCGAUAUAGUGUAUUUUGCUGGAAAAAGAAAGGAUAAGACGAUAACAAAAGCAUUGUUGACAGAUGACAACAACUUGGAUUUACAUAAUUUGAGUGAACGAGCCAUAAGUAGACUUUGUCAGUUUGUGGAACUUGAAGAUAGCAUACAUAAGAUAUCAGAAGCUCUGCGCAAUUUAACUAUGAAUAGAAAGAGUAAAGCAUCUGUUUUAGCUGAAAAGAGUCUAAGAGAGUUGGAUAAUAUUAUUUCAAUCACCGAAGCCCUUCGUGUAGAGCUUCCUGUUGUUAUUUGUCCAGGGUUAGUCCACAACUGUGGACUAUUCUCUGGUAUGUUUUUCCACUGUAUAUCGAAGCAAAGCUCUAAGAAAAAAAAUGCUUGUGACAUAAUUGCUGCUGGUGGCCGUUAUGAUAAACUUAUCCAAUCAUUCAGGCUUAGAAGUCUUGAUAGCGGGAAAUCCAUUAGCCAAUCGGCUGUGGGUGCCAGUAUUGCAGUUGAAAGUAUUGUUUUUUCCGAGAGUACUAGCAAGGAAACACCAGAGACAGGAAUUGCUGAUUUUCUGAUACAUUCCGAAGGAAGUGGACUUUCCACUGAAAAAGCAUCUUUAAUGAAAGAAAUACAAGAUCUCGGUCUAAGGGCGACUGUUUUGUGCGAUAAAAACCUAACGUUUGAGGACGCCGCCGAUUUCUGCAGAAAUCAUGGCAUACCCAAUAUUAUUAUUUUAUGCAAAGAGGAACAAAAUGUCAUUAAAAUCCGUUCCCUUGACAAAGAAAGGAUGAAUGAAAAAAGAAUAUAUCGCUACGAAAUCAAAGAUGUUUUACCUAAAUUGUGUGGUAAAUCCUUGCCAGACAACAAAGUCGAGAUUUCUCGUAGUACGUCUCUGUCCCAUUCCUCGUCAAACUCUAUCUCAAUCAAUGUUCGUUUCCUUCCCCAGGACAAAACUAUUCACAGUAUCAAGAAACGUGAACAGCAUAUACGCACACAGGUUAUGAACAACCUACAACUUUCUUCUAGUCAUGUCUGGGAACUUAUACCUGUUGAUCUUAAAAUGUCAGUGAUUGGUACUAUUAUUAGCCAUUGUGAUAUUAAUGCUAGUGUGGGAGAUACACAGAAAAGUUUUGACGCCAUUAUUGAUGAACAUGGUAAACAUAAGAGAUUACUUUCGCAAGUUUGCGAAGAAAUCUGUGACAUUAAGAAAAAAAGUUCCAACUCUACAAUUAUUUUGUAUAGUUUGCUUGAAAGCAAUUUUAGGGUUAUUUUAUGAUCUCAAAUGUCACAUUUUCUGUUAAUGAUAUUUACGAUACCUAAUUUGACUGCCAAGUGAUUUAUUGUUUUGUUAUUGUCUCAAAAUUCAUUUUCUGUGGAAUUUAUUUUAACCUCAUUUCAUACUCCUAGUGAUAUAUAUUUUUAAUGUAUUUUUUGCAUUAUUUUGACUUAUAUUUCUCUAAUUUUGACUACAAAUCUAAUGAUAGCUUACGUUAGAUUUCUAAGUGGGAAAUAUUGACUGGCAUUUGUUUGAUAUUUCAAAUUUAUAAUAAUUAAUUUGAAAAGAACUUUUAAACUAUUUAAAAAAUUAUAAUUUGACAUCAAUAUAUAAGCAUUAAAAUAUUGACUGAGAAUUGAUUUGUUCAUAUUUAUAUCAAUAUUAAUUUGAAUAUUUAAAUUUAUUCAAGUGCAAAUGAUUGCUUAAACUAGCAGUCAUGAGCAAUUUAUUUAAGUGACAUUGUCAGUCUUAACUUAUAAAGUAUUUUAUAUUAGUCACUCAGCUACUAUAUUUAGUUAUUGAAGCAAAAAAAUUAUAUUGUUGUAAAUUGUGUUUGAAAGAUUAAUUAACUGAGAGUACCCACUAACAAAAAAUUUUGCCAGUCAGCAAAAUUUUUCAAUUUUUUGUGUUGACAACUUAGAAGCCUUUUUUUGUUUAUAAAUGUUUAGAAAUAAGCUUUUCUAAAAUUUGUAUUACUACUUGUGUUUUAAAUUUGACAUUUUUUUUAGAAGUUACCAAGUGCUACUCAUGUUUUUUCUAUUGUGUUUUGUAAACUUAUUGAUAAGCAUGAUUCUGUGCUUAUUGCCUGAAAUGCCUUAGUGAGCUUUUUAAUAAUUUUUAUUUUUGUUGCUGAAAGAAUGGACAUUGAGACUCUUUAAUUUUGUCGCCUUAAAUACGUUAAUUUGUCUUUUAACUAUAUUCAGUAUAUUAUAGUAUGUUGCAUGAAGGUUAGUCAUUGAUCUCUAUGUUCAUUUAUUCUCUACUUCAAAAUCCUUGUUGAUGGACAUGAUUUAGUGGAGAUCUUGUUAAGUGAUAUCAAAAGUAUUUUAACUUUUGGACAUCUGUUCUGGUUUCCUAGUUUGUAUGGUCAGUGGAAGUUUAUUUGAUUAAUUUAUUCUAUGCAAGAACGUUUUUGGAAAGAAGGAAAAUUUUUUAUUUUUAUGCUAAGACUAAUUUUAUUAAAUUCAGUAAUUUACCACCUAGCAUGUUCGCCCACAGAGAUCUUUGCCUGACAUAGUUUCUAGCACCAUCUCAUUUUAUUAUUUUGAAUACAUAUUGUGAAUUUUUAUUGUUCAAUUUGGUGUCUGAUACAUGUUAAAAACGUUAACGUUGCUGAAAUAUGUUGGUUAAUUUAUUUAAAAACUGUAUUCAGUAUAGUAAAGUAUGUUGCAUGAAGAUUGUUCAUUGCAUUCUAUAUUCAUUUAUUCUCUACUUCAAAAUCCCUGUUGGUCAACAUGACUUAGUAGAAAUCUUAUUGAGUGAAAUUCAAAGUGUUUUAUGAUUCUGCUCAUUUGUCAUGGUUCCCAGUCUGUAUGAUCAGUGGAAAUUUAUUUGGCCAAUGGCAAUUUAUUCCAUGUAAGAAUGUUUUUGGAAAGAAAUUAAAAUGAAAUUUUUUGUAAUUUUAUUUCUAUGCAUUCAAAGACAAAUUUUACUAAAUUCAAUUAUUUACCUCUUAGAGUGUUCUGCAGAGAUCUUUGCCUGGCAUAGUUUCUAGCACCAUCUCAUUUUAUUAUUUUGAGUAUGUAUUGUAAAUUUUCAUCGUCCAAUUUGGUGUAACAUAGGCAUAUUCAUCUUUUGGGCUAAUAAAUCACAUAUAACUCGAAUCCACUAAGAAUAUCAGAAGCGCAGCUCAAAAAAAUUUACCUUCUAGUUUCUUUUGUUUUGUAAUAUUGUUUAACAUUGUUGAUUGCAUUUAGAAAAGUAGUAGUUAAGGAGAGGAAGGGCCAAUCUUGCAAUCGAAAAAUAAGCUUAAAGUGAGAAUUUUUUUCCUCCAGCAUGAUUAUAGAAAUAAAUCAAAACUCUGAAUUAAGUUCUUUAUUAGGGUACUAGUGAACUGUAAAAUCUACUUUUCCCAAAGUGAUAGAAAAUACACUGGCGACUGAAUUACUUUUCUUGGUUUAAAUAUAUUAUUUUGAGAGGUGUACUGCUGAACUAUCAGCAACUGUAAUUUUGAAGUUAGGACGAAAAAUAAAAUUAAUUUUAAUCAUUGAUGUAACUAGCUACUGACACAUGAAGGAUUUUUUUAGGAUACCACACACAAUAAAAAUUUUAAAAAAAUCCCCCUAAAUCUUUUAUGUCAAAACAUUUUGUAAUAAAAAGAGAAUCAUACAUACUUCUCUAAAAAAUGUAAUUUUAAAUAAAGAGUUUAAAUUUGAAGUGAAAAAGAAAUAUUUGCUUGAAUUUUAAGUUCAACAGAAUGAAAAAAAACGCUUUUGAAAUUUUUCGGAUGCAUACAGUAACUCAAGUACACAGAGCAUAAACCUUAAGGUACAUAUUUUGAAACCUUGAGGCACAUUUUUUUUUAUAACUAAAACCUUUUUUUUCUCCCAUUAACAUUUUUAAGUGACUUUCCUGCACCAUCAUAAAAUUUUUUUCCCAUUAUUUUUAGUGAGUGCACUUUAUUUUGUAUUGUGUACAUUUUCAUGUUAUAUGAAUUUUGUUUUGUUUAAAGAAAUUUAUGUUCUUCACGUGUAAUAUUUAUUAAACUUUUUGUGAAUUUUUAAAAUUUUGUUUUUAUACGAAGAUGAGACCAUUGUGAUACCUGUGAAUUGAUCUUAGCUCACAAACUAUUAUAUUUUAAGAAGUACGUAUCUUGUUUGUAUAUUAAAUUAUUGUCCAUUA